AUGGAGCCAAAUGAAUCAAAGGGAUUCCACUACUUAACUAGUCAUUCUAUCCCAACUCAAUCCCAUCCAAAUCCAGUUCACAAUCUGGAUUCCAUAUCACUUUGCCCCACUAGGUUCUUCCCCCUCUCUCACAUCCAUGAUUUCUCACCAAACACCUCUUCUCUCAGCAAUGAAACUGCCUUUGAUGAAGCAGGGGAGCAAAGCAUUAACUAUGAAAGGAGGCUCAAGAGAAUGAUAUCCAACAGAGAGUCUGCAAGAAGGUCACGGAUGCGCAAGAAGAAGCAGAUUGAAGAGCUGCAGUAUCAGGUGGAUCAGCUCCAUGCUACGAAUCGCCAGCUCUCGGAGAAGCUCAUCCAACUGUUAGAGGGCAACCAGCAGAUCCUCCAGGAGAAUGCUCAAUUGAAAGAGAGAGUUUCUUCCCUCCAAAUCCUCCUUGCCGAUCUCAUAACACCUCUGAGGAAUGUGGGAGAUGUCACCACCACCAACACCAAUGGCAAUCGACUUAGAGCCGAAGAUUCCAGUACCCCAUGA